AUGUCGCAGCGACCAAAUGAGCCCCCUGCACGAUCUUCAAUCUCUCCGGCGAAUAUACGACACCAAGACCGAUCCCCUGGUGCUGCUUCGACUCUACUCCGAUCCGAUGGAAGCUCGUUCCGACAGACCCCGCCUCGAACGAACGACGGCCGACCGAGCGGGGAGUUGGAAGGUAGUACACUAGGCAGCGGUUCCCGUGAUGGAGAUCAAAGGACAUCGGGCCAGCGGAGGGUCCAGAGCUCAGGUAGCUUUUUGCUUGACUCAUUGCCUCGCCCGCGAAGCACAAGAGUUAGCCUGAACCGCCCUCGUCCCCUAGAACCUCCCCAAGAGAAGCGCAGCGUUCCCGAGCCGGAGAUCGUGGUUCCCAAGAAACGCUCGCGAUUUCCAUGGAGCCGGCAUAAGAAUCGUGCAUCUGAACCAAUGUCAAAGGAUGCGACUUCAAACCCGGUAAAUACCAGGCAAGCUUCUACGUCUCCUGGUAGACAGCCCUCCGAAAGCUCCUCGCAUCCAGAGGUACAGGACGACAAUGUGGGACAUGCUACUCCUGGCCUGGAUAGGGACUCGAUCCAGAUUGUGAAUCUAGCCUUGAAUCUCAACGAAUCUCGGAGGAGGACAGCAUCUGGGAUACCCCCGGGUUCUGAGAGCCGAAGACCAAUAUCUGUCUCUCAACCUGCUGUUCCGUCAGUAGACAGCUAUGCAUAUUCCCCACGAGCGAGAAAUUUCCAGCGCGAUUCGACGUAUCGCAACUUCACCCAGGUCUCUGGUAAUCGGUUGUCACAGGGGACACUGCCGAGCUUAGAGCAAUCGUCUGUUGUGAAUCUGUUGCCUGCAUCCGCGAUUGAGGAUCAACGGGCAUACGAAUUCUCCGAAAGCACUUUGGCUCGUGUUGAGAGAGCACGCAAUCAUUUUGAUUUAUUUCAUGAAUACAUGCGGCUCCUGCCCUCAUUACCGCCUCUACGAGAUGCCGUCAAGGAUGGUUCUGAGUCUAAACCGCGGAAAUCCCACCGUUGCUAUAACCCGCUUCAAAUGAUCCGCAACCGAAAGGUCAGGUAUCGCGAGAAAUGCUCCAUAGAUGCAGAUGCAGAAGGAUGGCACGACGUUGAAAGAGUCCAUGAAUGGAUCGAUAACGUCGAGCAAAAGUACAGCCAAAGAGAAUACGGCCAACUAGAUUGCUUGAAGCUCCCACCUUUCCAACAAGGUCGCCGCCAUAUUUCCAUCGGGGAACACGAUGAUAUGGAUAUGAUUCCUACCUCUCCGGGUUCGAGCUUGCGGCGAGCCAGCCGAACCAGCAGUAUAAAGGCCCGUCGGCCACGUAUUGAUUGGAAGAUCUCGCCGGCAGAGCUUCUGGCCGAUGCCGCCUGGCUGGAAUAUGGUACAAACAAGACGAAGGUGGUUGACAAGGAUGGCUAUAAAAUCUACCCUGACCCUAAAGAAUUAGUUACCAUGGACGCAAGCGAUGACCUCAAGAUGCCGCGUAAACAGCAGCGCCUUUCGGUCGAAGUGGGAGAUACUAGAGAGACACAUUCAUCGCCGCGCACCUCUUUCUCCGGUCCCCACCCUGCAUUGGCGCACGAAUUCAAGAGCGUGGGUCGAGGGCGGCAAAAGCACAGAUUUCGAAGUCAUUCACACAGCUUACGGAGCCGCAGUGCUUCCAGCAAACGAAAGCCAUCACGGUGGGAUAAUGUCAAAAUGCGUUCUGCCAGCGUCUCGAGUUCUUCGGGCUCAGAUACCCGCCCUCCCGGCGAGGAAAAGCCCCGCAUGUCUCGUGAGAAUAUCCGAGACCAUGUCCAAAGAUUCGUCGACCAUGCACACUCAGGAUCUCGCCGCGCCAAAUCUCCGUCUAUUCGUAACGCUGAUAUUGACCGGGGAAGGACACCACAGCCAGCCGAGCCGCUGUCGGUCAACACGAAGCAUGCCCGCAAGCACCGAAAAGGCUCUUUCUCAUCAGAGGGCAGUGUUGAUGACCGACAUGAUCCUCGGAUGUCUUUGGAAGGCAUGGAUAGUACUGCGCCUAAUUCUCCCGCCCAUGUUGGUUACUUCCCAAGCAUAGCAGUAAAUCUAUCCCCUCCUUCAAGUCGAUCUCCUUCUCCGGCAAAGAAGGGUCUCCGUCAUAAGAUUGUUUCACGGCAUGAGCGCAGCAAGAGCAAACAAGCAGACCGAGAGCGAGAGCGGGAAGAUGAAUUACCGGCACCCGAGGCUUUACGUCAACGAAAUAUGACGGCGCCCGAGCGGACGGAGGGUACCUCCAGGCUCGAGCCAAGUCCUCUUCCUGAUGUUGUGUCGUCAGCCUAUCCUGAUGAUCAAGGCACACCUGAAGGAACCCGAGCAGAUGGAUAUCGGUCCCGUAAAGGGCCCCAUCUUCCCGAAUCAAAGCUGCGGGGAAUAUUCAAGGGACCAGGCCGGAUAGCAGAGAUCGUGGGGAAUGAGGUCUCCAAGGUCGGAGACCUCAUCCUGAAGAAGGACGCAGAUCCUGAAUCUCGGAAAUCAUCGUCUGCCACUACUUUUGCAUCAGAGGAUAGCGAUUCUGAUGAAGAAUCUAGAAGCGAUAGGAAGUCUGGCUCUAAAGGCCUUUUACGGCGCCUGCCAACAUUUACAGAUGAGCCUGGGCGAUUGACUCGUAGGAAUUCCGAAAAGAACUCAUCCCGGAGCUUUAUUCCCUCUCUGCCUACCUUCACAUCACCCCUGCGACAAGAUGAGCGAAGUGAUGCAGCAGAAGUGACUGAUUUCGGCAGUCCUGGCGAACAAACUUCCUCUCCACAAAAUGGCUCCCGUGAUUCUCCUAAAAAGUUCUCGCUGCCACGCAGUAAGACGCUUGAUUUCAGCCCUUCUGUGCGCGCGGGACGGACAAAGCGCAACGAGAUGAAAGACCCUUCGAUCCCUUUCAGCUUAACAAGGCCUCCUGUCACUGGGCUUGCCAACGCUCGAGCAUCACCAGGGCUUUCCCCCGAUGGAAGACGCACAGGGCUUUCAGACUCUAGUCGCGCCUGGAGUAUAUCUGGGCGUAGUAUUCAUACAUUGAUUGACACGGGUGUACCUGGAAAACCAGAAGUCGAGCGCACACGAGCUCUUCUCUUGUCAUCGGGGAUUAAGGCCCGGGAGAUCACUCGCCGAGCCCACACCCCCCGUGAGCCAGUUCCCCACUGGCUUCAACUCUCUAUGGGACCUGGUGCAUCUGUUCCACGAGUGACGCGGAUCGGCGAAUUCGACCUCGCUGCUCAAAACCUUCUCCGGCGUUUUGAACACACCCAACACUCGUUCCAACAAUCCAUGCAUCAUUUCUCCACCUCCACAUCAACACCUCUCCGUUCCCAGCUGACAAACCUGGAAAAUCUGGUCAACAAUUCUCUGGCCCCCCGUGUCCGAACCACGGCAAAUGACGCCGAGGACCUAUGUGUCCACCUCAACACCACUAGCACACUUGCUGUUAAACAACUGAGUGAUGCACUUGACAGGGGCCUUCGCAAGCGUCGCCGUCGAUUACGGUGGAUUCGCCGCACCGGAUUCAUGGUUUUGGAAUGGGCCCUUGUUGCGAUGCUUUGGUGGGUGUGGCUGAUUGUCAUGGCUUUCAAGCUUGUGCGUGGUGUCUUCCGAGGUGCCUUCACUGGUGUCCGAUGGGUCUUGUGGCUUUGA